AUGCGGCCUGCAUUCUACGCCAGUAACCUUCUGCACGAGAAGCAGGCCAUCCUACAGGUACAAGUCAGGCUGCCCAACCCCGAUGCCACGUUCGACUUUAUCUCAUCUGAGGACAUUGGCCAUGUGGCGGGGACCAUCCUGGUCAAUGACGCCCAAGAACGUAUCAUGCGGCUCCUUGGGCCCGAAAGGAUGACGUUGAAGGAAGCGGUAAGAAUAGUGGGCCAGGCGCUGGACAAGGAAGUCCAAGUCACUAUCCUUACUCGGGGAGAGGCUGCCGCGCAGAUGGAGGCCGCCAGCAUGCCGUCCGCUAUGAACCAGUGGCACCUUCAUAACGUGAUCGAUCGCGCUGUAUCGUAUCUGGAAAGUCCCGAGGCGCUUGUCGCACGCGAAACCAUUCUGAAGUAUGCCCAGCAUUCUCUGCAGCGCUUGCAGCAGUGGGUAGAGAGCCAGCUGACCAAGUUCCGGGAUUGA